CAAAUUUUUCUGCAUCUGAAACACAUUUUUUUUUAUCUGUCGCGUUAUCGGCCAAUCAGAGACAGCUGCUUUGUAAUUCACUUGGUUUGGUUGCCAGGCAACUCGAUGUUGAUACAAUACAACAGUGAACGACUUACGACGCUAUUGAAUGUUGUGUUUUGUGCGUGUGUUUCUGAUAUAUAGGUGAAAUUAUAAACCCCUGCUUUUAAAAUGGCUGAAAGUGACAGCGAUGGUUUGGCCGGUACUCCGGAAGAUUGCUGCUGCCAUUGCUAUUAUUGUUGCCAGAAAAAUCCAAGAAUCUGUAUGAUAAAAGUUACGCUAAAUUCAUGGAAUGGCGGACAAGAAAACACAAAUUCUUUCUCAGAAAAUGUGCUUCUAGCCUAUUUUCAGGAAAUGAGUGCAAACUUUGCCCCAUCGUCGUUGUGGUCCGAGUAUUCGCUGCUAAAGUCAACUUUAAAUAUUUAUCAAAAGGCUGAUGUGUCCAAAUACACCAAGCUUCACGCAUUCUUGAAACGAAAGUCAGAUGGUUACAAAACAAAAAAAUCAAAGACAUUUUCAACAUCGGAUAUAAACACUGUGUGUAUAAACACAAUAUAAACAAUAUAAACGGAUAUAAUUCAAUGAAGCACCCGACAAUGUUUUUCUUUUUGCCAAGGCAGCGGUGAUUUUUGGCAUCAUGGGUGCUUGUCGAAGGCAUGAACUGCACAGUUUACUGAAUGCAAAUGUGAAAGACCUCAACAACACAUUGGUGGUAAACAUUAUUAACACCAAAAAUAAACUAGAAAGGAUGUUUACGAUUACUAACAAAUAUUACAAUAUUAUCAAGAAAUAUAUGAAGUUACGCCCGGAAAAUUGUAAAAAUGAUCAUUUUUUCAUAAGAUAUCACAAUGGAAAAUGCUCAAGCCAAAACAUUGGUAUCAACACUUUUGGGAACAUUGGAAAAAUGGUGGCUGGUUACAUGAAAUUACCAAAUCCUGAACUAUAUACUGGCCACUGUUUCCGAAGGACCUCGGCCACCAUGCUCAUUGAUGCAGGAGGAAACAUUGAAACCCUAAAAAGGCAUGGUGGGUGGAAGAGCACCAGCGUAGCAGAGGGUUAUAUAGACAACUCAGUUCAGAGUAAAAUUGCUGUGUCCAACACUAUAUUAAAUGCCAUAGAAAAUAAUAAUGCUCCACCAACAUCAACCUCUACUGUUACAAAAGAACCUCAAGCCCCAUCUCCAGCAAGUCCAACAUUUACCCCAAUGCAUUUGUCCCAGUCUCCCAAUGCCACACCGAAAGAAUUUAACUUGUCACAAAUUGUCAAAACAAAUACCCCAAUAAUUAUAACUAAAAACAGUAUUAAUAAUCUGCAUAUCCAUUACGUCGAGUCCAAUGCGCGCAGCGAUGUAGACGCGUUGAUGAGUAAUAAUUAAAAUAAAUUGCGAAUUUAGCGCGGCUUGAGUCGCGUUGG